UGUGCUGCUCUGGUUGGUGAAGACCAGCCUCUUUGCCCAGAUCUUCCUGAACUUGACCUUUCUGAACUAGACGUGAACGACUUGGAUACAGACAGCUUUCUGGGUGGACUCAAGUGGUGCAGUGACCAAUCAGAAAUAAUAUCCAAUCAGUACAACAAUGAGCCUUCAAACAUAUUUGAGAAUUAAGGCCCUAAGAACCCACAAUAGAGUGCAUCAAACUCUGUUGAAAUCCUAAGGGAUUGUGAGAGAAUAAGGGACAAAGAAGAACGGAUGUCUAAACCUGUUUAUUCCUGUCUAUUUCCCACAGAAAAAUGGUGCCUAGUGGAAAUUCUUAUAAAAUGUAAAAGAAUGCAUUUCUUUUUAACCAAGGGGUUCGGUCUACCUUUACUUAUUUUACAAUGUAGGUGAGCAGAUUUUAUUAUUAUCAUAAUUUUGAUCAUAUCUCUGAUGUCUCUAUAUUAUGGGAACUUCUAAGCCAAACUACUCUAAUAUGUACUUCUAAAUUAGUCAAAAUUAAUUUACCUUUCAGAAGUGCGCAUUACCUUCCAGACUCUAGACUCUUUAUUAUAAGCCUACCCUAUAAUAAAGAAUGUUCCUUUGCACCUGUGAAAGUGUUACUUCGAGAAAAGAUGUUUUUUUCUCACAAGAAAAUACUUGAAAAUAAAUGGUUUCUUAUAGGGACAAACAUGAAGUGGGUCCUCUGGCCAGUGCAUUGAAGAAAGAUUAUCAAAUCAACUAGUUUUCAGUAUCACAACCAUCGGCACCACCCGUAGGACCUAACAUUUUCUACCUACCAUGUGCCAGGCUCCAUACAAAGCCACUUGACACGCAUUUUUUUAUCCACCAGCAGAGACAUUUCUUAUACUUUCGGUGUUAUUUGGUUGAAAUCUCGAGUCAUUAAGAAAGCCAAUUUUACAAGAUUUAUUGAGUUUUUCCAGCACCCAGCACAUAAAAGGCACUGAAUAAAUGUUUAUUGAGUCAUUAAGAAAACCAAUUUUACAAUAUUUACUGAGUUUUUCCAGCACACCGAAGGUGUGGAAUAAGUGCUUCUCGAAGAGUGAAUGAAUGGCGAACAUGUGUGUUAAUAACAGUAACAGUAAUAAUGAAACCGCCAUCAUUUUGGAACCCUUCUGCUUUUUGUAUGCCGUCCCACCCAUCCCUCGGAGCAAUCUCUUGUUUGGGUACCAUUAUUAUCAUUCCCAUUUUACGUAUACAGACAGUGCAUUUCAGAGAGAUGAAGUGAUUUUCGCCACAUCACACAGUGGACGAAUUUGAACCCCAACCAUAUCGGACUUCGAAGUCUAUUAUCAUGGAUAAAAAUAGACUCACCGUGAAUGUGGGUGACAGCCAUCCUUUGCAAAGACAGAGCAAGCUGCUUCUUUGCUCAAUAUACUUAAAAAUAGAACAGACGCUUUCUUUGCAGUGUUGGUUGACAUGGAAGCAGGUAUAGCUGGUGAGCCGAGGUGGCUGCAGAUUCUGUCAACGGCUAAGAUUUUAUAAUACGUCUGGAGCAUUAAGUGGGUCUUAGAAGAGUGCUUAAGGUAAUGGAGUUAAGGCCUGGGAGAAGGAAUCAGGUGGAAGAAACACCGAGGGUUUGUGGUUAGUUAUACUUUCCCAGGCUUCUCAGCCGGGUCUCAGAAAGUUCAUGCGAGGACUUGGCUGGUUCAAACUGGUAAAUUGAACAUUCCUCAUUCAGGACACUUGUCAGGUUACAGGCCCAUUUUAAGUCAUGCUGCAUUAAAUAAACAGAACUUUUUAAAAAAAAUGUUCAUCUCCAUAGACCUCUUAUCUAAAAAUCGACUAUUGCAUAUUGGGUAAAUGCCAUGCAUUUUGUAGGAGGUGGUUAAGGAACAACUAAAAGGUUGGAGGGGGAGAUGGCUCUGUAGUCAGGGCCUCCCUGGUGGGCUGGUUGCAAAAAAUACAACUUUUUUUCAUGACCUGUGUCCCCAUGUUUUGUACCGUGGCACCUGUAUGAAGAAUUUUUCAUUUAUGCUUUAAGGAGAAUUGUCCAGCAACUACUUAAAUGUCUACAGACACUGAAUCUCCACCAAGACACCCCUCUUGUUGUCCCAUGCAACUUUUUACUGCUGAUGGAACUGUUUUCGGCACUCUCACACACAAGGCUUAUUUCAUUGUAUCUCUCAUUAGGUCAUUUUAAACCAGUGGUUCUCAACCUGAAGGCAGUUUUGCUUGCCUGGGAAUAUUUAGCAUUGUCUGGAAAUAUGUUUGAUUGUUAGAUCUGGGGUCAGGGAGGUGCUGCUGGUAUUUAGGAGGCAGAGACCAGAGAGGUUGCUAAACACCCUACAAUGCACAGGACAGCAUCCCACAACAAAGAAUUAUUUGAGUCCCAGUGACAAUGGUGCUGAGGUGGAGAAACCUUGUUUUUAAAAGUAAAGUCAUUGCCAUUCCUUUUUAGAAAACACUGAAGAUGAAUUGGUUAGAUUUAUGAGAGAGAAAAGUUAAGAUACAGGGUGUAAAGAAUUAGAAGCCAUAGAAAAUUACUGAGAUGCCCAGGGCCUCAGGACUGAUAUGUCAGGAAUUCUCUUAGUGACAGACAGCAAAAGUGACUGUAUAGAUAAGUCUCAUACCAGUUUUUCUCUGAUGUCACGAAGCCCAAUCUUUUUUGUCCAUGCAAAGGGAAGGCUGUAUGUGGCAACACACACAGAGCACACAUACAUAUCACACACACGCAACACACACAGCACAUGUACACACACAUGCGCACACACAGCACACACACACAGCACACACACACACACACACACACACACACACACACACACACACACUGCAGCUGCUCGCCCAGCAUUUGCAUCCAGAAAAGACGCCUCCGCUCUUUGCCCUCUAGUGUUAAAUCCAGACAUCUUUUCUAGAAGGAAAAAAAAGUGUGUUUUGAGCACGGGUAGAAUUCUCAAAUUGCAUCUUCCCCUGAGAAGCAGCUUCGUAGGCAGCGGAAUAACCCUUGAAUGGCUACGGCUUGGCACAUUGCUUCUGCCCAGGCACCGUGGCCCAGAAGGCAUUUCCCAGCGCCUGUGACUUUAAAUUUCUCACGCGGACUUUCACCUGUGCUCCCUCACUUUCUUCCAGUUCUCAAAACCCUGCCUCAUCACAUUUGUGAAGGCCUUGUACUUGAGCAAGCCAAACAGUCACGGUCUCUGCCACCUCUGAUCUGCCAAUAACAAGCAUUAUCUCCCUCAGAUUCCCAGAAUAAAAUAAGGCAUCGGAGUAGUUAAACACUUUUUCCCUGACUCAAGUCGCACACUGAUGACACCGCUGGAAACCAGCCACAGGAUUUCUGAAUUCUCAUCAAAGCAGGAAGAGAGAGGGUAUUUAAGGUUACAUUUAGUAUUGCAGAAUGUUUAAACGUUGGGGAUGAAUAGAAAUAUCUUCUGUGGACCUGGUCCCCACAUUGGACUCUCAGUUGAAUUUUUUAUGUAACUUAAGAAGAAGAAGGAAAAAAAAAAAAAAGAAUGAAAUUGAAUGUCACAAUUUGGGAACUGGUGAAUUCCUAAGUGGGAGCAAGAAGAUAGAUGAAGAGAAUGAGGCAAACUUGCUAGCAGUUCUCACAGAGACGCUGGACAGUCUCCCUGUGGAUGAAGACGGAUUGCCCUCAUUUGAUGCACUGACAGAUGGAGAUGUGACCACUGAGAAUGAGGCUAGUCCUUCCUCCAUGCCUGACGGCACCCCUCCGCCUCAGGAGGCAGAAGAGCCGUCUCUACUUAAGAAGCUCUUACUGGCACCAGCCAACACUCAGCUAAGUUAUAAUGAAUGCAGUGGUCUCAGUACCCAGAACCAUGCAAACCACAAUCACAGGAUCAGAACAAACCCUGCAGUUGUUAAGACCGAGAAUUCAUGGAGCAAUAAAGCGAAGAGCAUUUGUCAACAGCAAAAGCCACAAAGACGUCCAUGCUCCGAGCUUCUCAAGUAUCUGACCACAAAUGAUGACCCUCCUCACACCAAACCCACAGAGACCCGAAACAGUAGCAGAGACAAGUGCACCUCCAAAAAGAAGGCCCACACACAAUCGCAGUCGCAACAUUUACAAGCCAAACCAACAUCUUUAUCUCUUCCUCUGACCCCAGAGUCACCAAAUGACCCCAAGGGUUCCCCAUUUGAGAACAAGACUAUUGAACGAACCUUAAGUGUGGAACUCUCUGGAACUGCAGGCCUAACUCCACCCACAACUCCUCCUCAUAAAGCCAACCAAGAUAACCCUUUUAGGGCUUCUCCAAAGCUGAAGCCCCCUUGCAAGACUGUGGUACCUCCGCCAUCGAAGAAGACCCGGUACAGUGAGUCUUCGGGGACCCACGGCAACAACUCCACCAAGAAAGGGCCCGAGCAGUCCGAGCUGUACGCGCAGCUCAGCAAGACGUCCGCGCUCGGCGGCGGACACGAGGAACGGAAGGCCAGGCGGCCCAGUCUGCGGCUAUUUGGUGACCAUGACUAUUGUCAGUCGAUUAAUUCCAAAGCGGAAAUCCUCAUCAAUAUAUCGCAGGAGCUCCACGACUCCAGACAACUAGACUCUAAAGAUGCCGCCUCUGACUGGCAGAGGCAGAUGUGUUCUUCCACAGACUCAGACCAGUGCUACCUGACCGAGACGUCGGAGGCGAGCAGGCAGGUCUCUCCGGGCAGCGCCCGAAAACAGCUCCAAGACCAGGAAAUCCGAGCCGAGCUGAACAAGCACUUCGGUCAUCCCAGUCAAGCUGUUUUUGACGACGAAGCAGACAAGACCAGUGAACUGAGGGACAGUGAUUUCAGUAACGAACAAUUCUCCAAACUACCUAUGUUUAUAAAUUCAGGACUAGCCAUGGAUGGCCUGUUUGAUGACAGCGAAGAUGAAAGUGAUAAACUGAACUCCCCUUGGGAUGGCACGCAGUCCUAUUCAUUGUUCGAUGUGUCGCCUUCUUGUUCUUCUUUUAACUCUCCGUGUAGAGAUUCCGUAUCACCACCCAAAUCCUUAUUUUCUCAAAGACCCCAAAGGAUGCGCUCUCGUUCAAGGUCCUUUUCUCAACACAGGUCGUGUUCUCGAUCACCAUAUUCCAGGUCAAGAUCAAGGUCCCCAGGCAGUAGAUCCUCUUCAAGAUCUUGCUACUACUCUGAGUCAGGCCACUGCAGACACCGCACGCACCGAAAUUCUCCCCUGUGCGCCAGAUCACGUUCAAGAUCUCCCUACAGCCGGCGGCCCAGGUAUGACAGCUACGAGGAAUAUCAGCACGAGAGGCUGAAGAGGGAAGAAUACCGCAGAGAGUAUGAGAAGCGGGAGUCUGAAAGGGCCAAGCAGAGGGAGAGGCAGAGGCAGAAGGCAAUUGAAGAACGUCGUGUGAUUUAUGUUGGUAAAAUCAGACCUGACACAACACGGACAGAACUGAGGGACCGUUUUGAAGUUUUUGGUGAAAUUGAGGAGUGCACAGUAAAUCUGCGGGAUGAUGGAGACAGCUAUGGUUUCAUUACCUACCGUUAUACCUGUGAUGCUUUUGCUGCUCUUGAAAAUGGAUACACUUUGCGCAGGUCGAAUGAAACUGACUUCGAGCUGUACUUUUGUGGACGCAAGCAAUUUUUCAAGUCUAACUAUGCAGACCUAGAUUCAAAUUCAGAUGACUUUGAUCCUGCUUCCACCAAGAGCAAGUAUGACUCUCUGGAUUUCGAUAGUUUACUGAAAGAAGCUCAGAGAAGCUUGCGCAGGUAACAUGUUCCCUGGCUGAGGAUGACAGAGGGACGGUGAAUACCUCACGGGACAGCGCGUCCUUCCCUAACAGACUCUUGCAAGUCAUACUUAGGAAUUUCUCCUACUUUACACUCUCUGUACAAAAACAAAACACAACAACAACAAUACAACAAGAACAACAAUAAUGGUUUACAUGAACACAGCUGCUGAAGAGGCAAGAGACAGGAUGGAUAUCCAGUAAGCACAUGUUUAUUCAUGGGUGUCAGCUUUGCUUUCCCUGAGUCUCUUGGUGAUGGAGUGUGUGUGUGUGUGUGUGUGUUUGUGUGUGUGUGUGAGUGCGCGCAUGUGUGCGCGUGCUCGCCUGGUUUGGGGGAAGUGUGUGUGUACAGGCGGGGACUGGGGGCACCUGACCAGAGCGUGCAAGGGCAAACCACUUCAAAUGGCAGCAGUUCCAUGAAGACACACGUAAAACCUAGAACUUCAAAAUGUGCAUAUUCUAUUCAAAAGGCAAAAAAAAAAAAAAAAAAAAGCAUAAAUUCAAAAGGAAAGAAAACUAACCAACCAACCAACCACAAGCCACCCUAAAAUGACAGCCACUGAUGUCUGGGCAUCGGCCUCUGUACUCUGUUUUUUUAAGAAAGUGCAAAAUCAACUUGAAGCAAGCUUUCUCUCAUAAUGUAAUGAUUAUGUGACAAUCCCGAAGAAACCACAGGUUCCGUAGAACUCAUAUCCUUUCUCUCUCUUUUUUUUCUUCUUUUUUCCCCCCCUUUUCCUUUUGCCAUGGAAUCUGGGUGGGAGAGGAUACUGCCGGCACCGGAAUGCUAAACUUUCCUAACAUUUUGAAGUUUCUGUAGUUCGUCCUUUCUCCUGACACCCAUGUAAAUGUCCAAAAUGUUGAUCUUCCACUGCAAAUUUCAAAAGCCUUGUCAAUGGUCAAGCGUGCAGCUUGUUCAGCGGUUCUUUCUGAGGAGCGAGCGCGGUGUUACAUGAUAAUGAGAGUUGGGUAGAACUCUCUGGGAUGUGUUCAGCUAGUGUAAUUGCUACAUUCUCCGAUGUAGUUAAGUAUUUACAGAUGUUAAAUGGAGUAUUUUUAUUUUGUGUACAUACGAUACAAUGAUGUUCUUUUUUUGUUACAGCUAUGCACUGUAAAUGCAGCCUUCUUUUCAAAACUGCUAAAUUUUUCUUAAUCAAGAAUAUUCAAAUGUAAUUAUGAGGUGAAACAACUAUUGUACACUAACAUAUUUAGAAGCUGAACUUACCGCUUAUAUAUAUAUUUGAUUGUAAAAAAAAAAACAAAAACAAAGGACAGUGUGUGUGUCCGUUGAGUGCAACACAACCAAUCGAUGAGCUUCAAUCAUCCCUUCUUAGAUGAGCUUCAAUCUAAGCAUCUUGUCAAGAAAUAUCCUAGCCCCUAAAGGUAUUAACCACUUCUGCGAUAUUUUUCCACAUUUUCUUGUUGCUUGUUUUUCUUUGAAGUUUUAUACACUGGAUUUGUUAGGGGAAUGAAAUUUUCUCAUCUAAAAUUUUUCUAGAAGAUAUCAUGAUUUUAUGUAAAGUCUCUCAAUGGGUAACCAUUAAGAAAUGUUUUUAUUUUCUCUAUCAACAGUAGUUUUGAAACUAGAGGUCAAAAAUCUUUUUAAAAUGCUGUUUUUGUUUUAAUUUUUGUGAUUUUAAUUUGAUACAAAAUGCUGAGGUAAUAAUUACAGUAUGAUUUUUACAAUAAUUAAUGUGUGUCUGAAGACUAUCUUUGAAGCCAGUAUCUCCUUCCCUUGGCAGAGGAUGUGAUGGUAUUUAUCUGUAUUUUUUACAGUUAUGCAUCCUGUAUAAAUACUGAUAUUUCAUUCCUUUGUUUACUAAAGAGACAUAUUUAUCAGUUGCAGAUAGCCUAUUUAUUAUAAAUUAUGAGAUGAUGAAAAUAAUAAAGCCAGUGGAAAUUUUCUACCUAGGAUGCAUGGCAAUUGUCAGGUUGGAGUUUAAGUGUUUCAUUUGGGAAAUUCAGCUUUUGCAGAAGCAGUGUUUCUACUUGCACUAGCAUGGCCUCUGACGUGACCAUGAUGUCGUUCUUGAUGACAUUGCUUCUGCUAAACUCAAUAAAAACUUCCGAAAACCCUCCACUUUUGAGCAUCAGGAUUUCCUCUGAGUGUGGAACCCCUGGAAUGCAAGUCAGUAAAGUUUGGAGUGUGUAUUCAAGUUUAUGAAAUGAGAUUCGAUUACAGUUUGGCCGACAUGACUUUUCUGGAAGACACAGCGUACCUACCCCUUAAUCGUUCUUUUCCUUUCUCUCGCCCAACAUGGUCUUCUAAAAUGGAUUCACCUCCCUCCCCCCCCAGCCAAUGCAGCUCAUUUUGAUAGCUGCAUUCAUUUUAUCACCAGCAUAUUGUGUUCUGAGUGAAUCACUGUCUGUCCUGUCAGAUGCUUGCUUGAUUUUUUGGCUUCUUAUUUCUAAGUAGAUAGAAAGCAAUAAAAAUACUAUGAAAUAAAAGAACUUGUUCACAGGUUCUGCGUUACGACAGUAACACAUCUUUAAUCCGCCUAAUUCUUGUUGUUCUGUAGGUUAAAUGCAGGUAUUUUAACUCUGUGUGAACGCCAAACUAAAGUUUACAGUCUUUCUUUUUGAAUUUUGAGUAUCUUCUGUUGUAGAAUAAGAAUAAUAAAAAAAGACUAUUAAGAGCAAUAAAUUAUUUUUAAGAAAUCGAUACUUAGUACAUCAUAUUAUGUGUUCAAGGACCAGAUGCGUUCUCUAUUUUGCCUUUAAAGUUUUGUGAUCCAAUUUUAAAUAACAUUCUCCUUUUGGCCCUGGAUCGUGGACAUGAGUAAAAUACUUGGGUUAUUUUCUUACUUAUCAAAAGAUAACACUGCAGAUUUCAUGUUGAGGAUUAAUUUUUCCCCCCUUCUGGCCUGACAAAUAUUGUUACCAUGAAGAUAGUUUUACUCCAUGGACUUCAAAUUGCAUCUAAAAUUAGUGCAACGAGAGAAUCACUAGACCAUCCAAAUAGAGCCUUUGUAUCUUAUGCAGACACUGUGGGUAGCCCAUCAAAAUGUAAACUGUGUUCUUUUUAUUUUUAUUUUUAAUUUUUUGAGAGAAUAUUUGAAAUGAACACAUGCCCAUCAUCACUGGAAGCAGAUUUCAGCAUAGAUCUGUAGGAUUUUUAGAUGACCCCGGGCCAUUGCCUUCAUGCUGUGGUAAGUACCACAUCUACAAUUUUGGUAACCCGAACUGGUGCUUUAGAAAUGUGGGUUUUUUUUUUUUUUUUAAGAGAUGUAGCAGAAUAAUCCUUCCAGUGCAACAAAAUCAAUUUUUGCUAAACGACUCCGAGAGCAACGGUUGGGCUGUCAACAUUCAAAGCAGCAGAGAGGGAACUUUGCACUAUUGGGGUAUGAUGGUUGGGUCAGUUGAAAAAAAAGGAAACCUUUUCAUGCCUUUAGAUGUGAGCUUACAGUAGGUAAUGAUUAUGUGUCCUUUUUUGAUGGCUGUAAUGAGAACUUCAAUCACUGUAGUCUAAGACCUGAUCUAUAGAUGACCUAGAAUAGCCAUGUAAUAUAAUGUGAUGAUUCUAAAUUUGUACCUAUGUGACAGACAUUUUCAAUAAUGUGAACUGCUGAUUUGAUGGAGCUACUUAAGAUUUGUAGGUGAAAGUGUAAUACUAUUGGUUGAACUAUGCUGAAGAGGGAAAGUGAGCGAUUAGUUGAGCCCUUGCCGGGCUUUUUUUUCCACCUGCCAAUUCUACAUGUAUUGUUGUGGUUUUAUUCAUUGUAUGAAAAUUCCUGUGAUUUUUUUUUUUAAAUGUGCAGUACACAUCAGCCUCACUGAGCUAAUAAAGGGAAACGAAUGUUUCAAAUC